CACUUGGGGAUAACAGGCGCGGUAGGGAAGGAGCAUUGAGCACACUGAGGGGAACAUUGUGGACACAAAGCAACCGCAGCAUCAUGGAGCUCUACCUGGACCUGCUUUCCCCACCAUGCCGUGCUGUCUAUCUGUUUGCAGAAGCUCUGAAAAUCCCUUAUGAGUUUAAGUCGGUCAACCUUUUUCAAGGACAGCAGUACACCAAGGAGUUUGGAGAACUUAGCAUCAUCAGGAAGGUUCCUGUUCUGAAGGACGGCAGCUUCGUUCUCACAGAAAGCAUUGCCAUCCUACAGUACCUGGCGCAGAAAUGCUCCGUGGCAGACCACUGGUUUCCAGCUGACCUGCAGCAGCGAGCACGUCUUAGUGAAUACUUGUCCUGGCAGCACUUGAACCUUCGAUUUCACUGCUCAAAGGUCUUCCUGCUCAGGGCUUUGCAUCCAUUUGUCAUGGGCUCUGAGGUCCCAAAGGAGAAGAUGGACGCUGCUAUGGAGGAUAUGAAGCAGUCCCUGGACUUUCUGGAGGAAAAGUUCCUCCAGAACAAGCAGUUUAUCAAUGGGAGUAAGAUCUCUCUGGCCGAUCUGGUGGCCAUAGUGGAGAUGAUGCAGCCUCUGGCAGUGGGCGUGGAUGGUUUCAAAGAUCGACCGAAGCUGUUGGGCUGGAGAGACCGAGUGAAGAAGGAGCUGGGAGAAAAGCUGUUCAACCAAGCUCACGAGGCCGUCCUGAACUCCAGCGACAUGCAGCAGAAGUUGCAGAACAACAGCGAGAUGCAAAAGCUCAAAUCCUCACUUUCAAAAUAUUUCCGCUGAAGGCAUGG